UGGUUCCUAUAGUAACAAAUAUAAAUAAACUGUUUCCAUCGUUCUUAUAUAACUGGAAGCCUAAUUUACGAGUAACGUUAGAAAACAUUGAUCUGUUGUUGAAAAGCAAAUCAAAAGCGUGGGACUUUCAAGGUUAUUGUGUACAGUAUAGAUAUAUGUGCGUUACUCAGUUAGAGUAUAUUAUUUUGCUAAAAUUAUAAACUUAAUUAAGUAUUACCAUUAUCGCCAAUGGGUUUGACGCUUAUGGUUAAUGACCAUAGUUAGGCCAAACAUGGUAUAACUAUAACUAUAAGUAAUGUGAUGAUAAAAAAAUUUGUAACUUGCUAAUUAGUACUAACAGUAACUCAACAUUAUUUGAAAAUGUGCUUUGUAGAACAUUAGAAAAGAGUAGACUUUAUCUAGGUGCAAUGAAUUUGUCAGAUGUAUUUACACAAAUUUGUGAAAGAAGAAAGUUUGAAUAUGACAAUGAGAUGGACAACAGAUCAGCGAAUUCUGACAAAAACAGUGAAGCCUUUUCCUUUGCCAAUGAAGAGUGCCGUUUAUUGAGGGUUUUGGAAGAAACUGUUUUUAAAAUUCAAAUUAUUUUAUCCAUAAUAUCUAGUGAUAAAGAGCAUACACAUUUGGUGUCAGAAAAAAAUAUUCCUUUGGAAAAAUAUGAAGAAUUAAAAAAGAAAUAUGAUCAUUUCAGUAAUUGUGAUGAUGGUGUGAAUGAACUAUUAAAUGAUGAAAUUAGGUCUUUUAUAAAGGAGCUAUUGACUACAGAUAGGAAAAUUUCUGAUGAGAUCUUUAUUAAAAAUAAACACCACUUUACUCCAGAUAUAUUAGAUUUAAAUCAACAGUUUGAAGAACUUCACAAGAACUUGAAAGAAAGAUUUAAAACUUCCUCAGAUUUGGUACUAAAGGAUCAACAGUAUAUUUUGAAAGUUCAAGCUGAAGAGCUGAAAAAUGCUGACAAAGUUCAAAAACUAGAAACUGAGUUACAAGAUACAAGAAAACAGAAAGAUACUAAGGUCUGUGAAAAAAUGACUAUGAUCCAACAAUUAGAAGAGUUUAUUGCUCGAGUGGAAAGUUUGGCAGCAGACAAUAUCAGUCAGCUACAAACAGAUACUGCCAAUCAGAUUGGGUACGAGCAGAACAUUUGCAAGGGUCAUAUCAGUCAACUUCAAGAAGAAAUAGAUCACUUGCAGACACGGUUAUCUCAGCUUCAUGCCAGCAACAAAGAAGACGAGAGUAUCGUGAAAAAGCGCAAGUUCAAACUAGAAGCAGAAUUAGAAAAUUGGUUGUUAAAGUACGACGAAGAGAUUACUAAGAAACAGGAGGAACUUGAUAAUCUUUCAUCCGUACACCAGAAAGAGUUGGAACAGUUACGAGAGCUAGAGGAAGCAAUUAUGAACCUGCGAGCUGACUACGAAACUGUCAUGGAGGAACGUCGGUGCAUCCAAGAAGAGAGUGAACGCUUGCAGGCCGAGUUCGAACGACACACUAAAGCCGUCAUACUGAUUCAAGCCUACUGGCGUGGCUUCUUUGUCCGUCGGCAGCUAAAAGGGCGGAAUAAAUCUGGCAGGUCGUCACGCGGGAAAGGGAAGAAAGGCAAAGGAGAAAAGAGAAAAAAGAAAAAUUAAGGAAUACACAUACAUUACAAAUUGUUUCUAUGACUGGAUUUAGAUACACAUACAUUAUUGAAUGUUUCUAUAGCUGGGUUAAGGUAGAUAUAUAUUACUAAAGGUUUCUAUAGCUGGGUUAAGGUAGAUAUACAUUACUGAAUGUUUCCAGAGCUGUGUUAAGGUAGAUAUACAUUACUGAAUGUUUCCAGAGCUGUGUUAAGGUAGACAUACAUUACUGAAUGUUUCUAUAGCUGUAGACAUACAUUACUGCUAGAUUCUGUAGCUGUAUUAAGCUAGACAUACAUUACUGCUAGAUUCUGUAGCUGUAUUAAGCUAGACAUACAUUACUGCUAGAUUCUGUAGCUGUAUUAAGCUAGACAUACAUUACUGCUAGAUUCUGUAGCUGUAUUAAGCUAGACAUACAUUACUGCUAGAUUCUGUAGCUGUAUUAAGCUAGACAUACUGCUUUGUUAUGCAUGUGUGAAUCGUAGUUCAUUUAAUUAUCUCUGUGUUCGUACUUGUUAGAACUUGUACAGGUUGAGUUAUUGUUACAACAGUUUCUCGACGACAGUUUUCCCAUUUUUGUAAACAAAUCUUCACCCAGUGUACUAAAUUUAUUUUAAAAUGAUGAACGUUUAGACACUCGUAAUAUAUUGAGAGUUUGAAAAAACGCUGGUGUACAAAGUAUACACAUGUGUGUGUGUCAAUCACUUAUAAUUGAAUUACAUAAAGUAUGAUAUUGCUGCUUCAAUCUUGAAGUUGGCCCAGCAUGGCCAGGUGGUUAGGGCAAUCUGAGGGUCGCGGGUUCGAAUCCCCGUCCCACCAAACAUGCUCGUUCUUUCAGCCGUGGGGCAUUAUAAUGUGACGGUGAAUCCCACUAUUUGUUGAUAAAAGAGUACUGGUUUGAAUGCAACUAUUUUUACCUCAUCCUGAUAAAAUUAAUAUGAAAUUGGUAUUUUCAGGUGAAACUGAUUAUAAUUUGUAGCUUCACCAGAUAAGUUCGUUUAAGGAGAGAUUUGACAAUAUAAUAGUUAUCACAGAACAGUGUUGAACUAAUACCGGCUAACUUUAAAUUGAAGACUAAGAAACAGACUGGGCACAAUGUUUAAUGUACUAUGACAAAAAAUGAUUAUUAAAAGUUAAACAAAAAC